UGGAGUCAGAAGAUGUAAGACCGAAGAGGUGGAGUUUGAUAAUUUGAAUGAAUCAAGGCAAAUUAAUUCGAACAUAAAAGAACUACGCAGAUCUCACAGAUUACUGCCUAGCAAGAGUCACCUGAUGAAUCAGAAUGCUAAGAGUAUACAUGAUCAGGUUCUAUCUCUUCAACUUCGAGACCUCAAGCAACAGUUUGAUGGGAAGAAACUUAAGAUAACUAUACAAAGGGCUAAUCCGCAGAGCUUAGAAGUGAUGCACAAAGGCAAUGAAGCAAAUGAAAAAACUGAAUCUGGUAAACAAGAUCAGCAGGGGUCAAUACAAGAUGAAGAAACUGAAAUAUAUGUUAGUAGGAUGUUUUUUAGUAUUUCUUCAACAUCCCGUGAUAGAGAGAGGGCAAUCAGGGCUGUGGAAGUGAUCAAGCCUAUGACUCCUUGUUUCAUGAUUAUCUUGCGGCGCUGUCACUUUAAUUCCUCUUCUAUGCCUGUUCCAGCUGGGUUUGCUACUGAGUGGGGUUACAGAUCAUAUCAGAGUUGAGGAUUCUGAUGGAAGAGAGUGGUUUAUUGAACUCCGAAGGCAGAACAAUUGUACCCUUAUGUUAAGAAAGGGAUGCCAUGGAUUUUGGAGAGAUAAUAAUUUGAAGGAAGGAGACGUCUGCUUCUUUGAGUUGAGAGAUAAGAAGGCUGCUGUUCACAAAAUAUCAAUUUUUCGUGCAGAUUCAAAUUAAGUAAAUUCGCUUGCCUCUUGAUAUGGAAGAGGUGGCAACUAUUACAAGAUCAAAUUUGGAGUCCUCUAGUUUUUCUCUUCUUUUUGUGAAAAAUUUAUGUCCAUGUUAAUGUCAAUGAAGCAAUA